GUUAAAAUGUGUUGUACAUCAAAUCAAUGGCAAAAUCUUCGCUCACUCAAAACACUAAAAACUCGGCCAAUAUAUCGCAGGCACACACGUACAAUCCCAACAAAUUUAAAAUAUGACCGAAUUUUUGCUUUGAAUGUUGGAAUGAAUAUUUUCUGAAUUUUGAGAAAGAAGAAUCAUUUUUAGAAAUGGGAAGAGUUUGAAUAUCAAACAACGAUUUGGGGAGAGUUAAUUUUAAAUUUUUUCGGAAUAUAACA